GCAGGUCUUGUAAGAGUUGUUGUUUAAACAUCGUCUCAAAGAAUUGGGUGAAGGUUUUCUUUGCUCCCCCCUCAAGUGAGCAGGGGUGGGCGGACCUUUUUAAUUCAGACGUCCGGAAAGGCUCCUUCACGAAACCGGAGAAAAGGAAAAACGACGUGAACAUAUUUAUGAGUUUGCUUCACAGGCUGAAGCUGAAACAGACACAAAAUGGAUCGGUAUGGUGAUCUGGACUUUGACUUGGAGUGUGAUGGUGGAGGAGACGUCGCGCAAAAGGCAACGUUGUUCGGUGGAAUGUUUAAGAGAUCCUCCAAAUUGGUGGAACCACAGGACAACCUGUCAGUCAGCAGUGAACUGUCAAAGAGCAAUGACAGUCUGAACGACAACACCAAGGACAAAGGAGGUAUGUUUAAGGGCAUGUUCAAGAAGCAACCUAAAUCAUCCAAAGAGCCACAGCAGGUGGCGGUCUCACAGCACAAUCCAGAGCUUUCAGCCAGUUUAGAUGACAGCAAAUCGUCCAAGGAGAAAUCGGGCAUGUUGGGCGGCAUACUGAAAAAACCUCCUAAACGGGGACAUGCACGCAGGCCCUCACAGGAUCUUCUAGACAUUGACAUGUCUGCCAGCGACAACAACGUGAACGACAACACCAAGGAGAGUACCGGAAUGUUCAGCGGGAUGUUUAAAAAAUCUCCUAAAAGAACACAAUCUCAGGACGAUUUGUUCGAAAACAGCGAGCAGCCGGGAAGCAACAAUAAUCUUGGCGUCAACAACAAUAACAAUGCUAAGGAGUCGGCUGGCAUGUUUAGUGGAAUGUUUAAAAAAUCCCCAAAGCCGCUGAAAGAAAAGACAAAGUCUCAGGAUGACUUGUCUCAAUCCAGCGAGCUGUCGGCCAGCAGUGACAACCUCUCUGAGGGCGGGGCUAAGGAGAAAGGAGGACUUUUCAGCAGUGUGUUCAAAAAACCAAAACAACCGGCUGCAACCAGAACUCUGUCUCAGGAGGACUUGACGGCAGCCAGCGAGCUCUCCGACAGCAGCGACAGUCUCGCGGAGAAGUCUAAGGAAAAGUCGCUAGGCUCCAAAGAAAACCUGUCGGAGAAGCCCAAAGUCAAGCAGAACGGUUUCAGUGCCAUGAUGAAGAACGCCUUCUACUCUGACAAACCGGAGAAGGAAAACACAGACGCUGAUGUUAACAAGGAGACGUCGGACAACGGCGAGAACCAGGCCGCCCACAAACAGAGCAAGCUGGCCGUCGCUACGAACAAGCUGAAUCCGUUCCGAUCCGGAAAGGACAAGAAGAGUGACUCCAGCGACGAGGAGACGCCUGUCGCCAGCGAAAAGUUCUCCGGCCACAAACAGAACGGCGUAGUGGGAGCCAUAUCCAAACUGAACCCAUUCAAGGCUGCCAAUAAAAAAGACACAGAGGACACUGAGACGCUCAAAGAAGCUGACAAACAAGUGGAGGGGAAACAGAAACUCAAAAACAACGGCGUUGACAGAGCGAGAAAGCAGCGAAGUGAAACGCCGCCACUUCCACGUCGAGCCGCCCAAGAGGAGAAGAGCGGGACACAGGUUCAGGACAAAGCCAAGGCGAAAGCAUCUGAAGACACUAAGGUCAACAACGACAUGACGUCCCGACAGAGGACAGAGAAGGAAGCUCCCAAAGUUCCCCCACGCAAGCCUUCGCAGGAGGAGCUGAGGAGCCGAGCUGCCAACGCACAUGUGCCAAAGCAGGAGAACCAGCAUCAGAGCCGAUCAGAUGACGAGUUGCUGAAAGAAGACUGCGAGGGAGACGCGGCGACCCCGGCGGAGGCCAAAGCGAACAAGAAGAAACAAAAGCGCUAUAACCCGUUUAUGUCACGUGCUGCUGCCAAGCCUCCAUCGGACGACGAAGGGCUGAAAGAUGAAGAUGAAGAAGAAGAAGAAAAAGAUCACGAGCAAUCCAAAGAGGACAAAAGGGAGGAGGAUGGCACCAACAUGACAGAAGAGGUGAAAGUCAAGAAGCCUAAGAGGCACAAUCCCUUCAUGCCUCGCGUCAAGAACAAAAUAGCACAGAAACAGGAUGCAGAUGCAGAGAACGAGGGUGGAAACAGGUGUUUGUUUGAACAGCUGGAGGAGUUCCGCAUUGAUCCGUCGCAGCCCGAAGACAGACAGGACAUGGACCGCCUUAUGGACUGGUGGGACACUGUGGAAUCUUGGGAGGAUACGCCUCAGAAUGAAGACAUGACGGAGAAAGAAGAAGCUAAGGCGUUUGCCGUAACGGCGGAUAAGGUUCAGAAGGGCAUCCGCGUGUUCAACAAGCUGUUCUCUGAGCGCGCCGAGAGCCUGUGGCAGCACGUCAUCGACCUGAACAGCAUGGCCGAUGCCCUGGACAAGUUCAACAAGAACACCAAGAUCGCCCAGAUCACCGGCGGCUCCACCAGCGCCAUCGGCGGCGUGGCCACCAUCGCCGGCCUGGCCCUGGCCCCCGUCACCUUCGGCACCUCCCUGAUCGUGACUGCCGUGGGGCUGGGCGUGGCCACGGCCGGCGGCCUCACUUCGGCGGGCGCCGGCAUCUCCAACCAGGUCAACAACUCCAUGGACCGCAAGAAGGUAGAGAAGAUCGUGACGGACUACCAGGAGAAGAUUUUGGACCUCAACAAGUGUCUCAAGUUCAUCAAGCAGGGAAUCGAGAACCUGCGGCGCUUCGACCUCAUCAAGAUGAAAAACAACGCGUACAACCGGGACUUCCCCGUGCUCAGCUCCAGCUUCUACGAGGAUGGCGCCAUGGCGGGCAAGGCCAUCCUCGUCAACGCCAACGAGAUCAUGCGCGUGGUGCAGAUCGCCAACGUGGCGGGCAGCACGGCGGCGCGUGCCGUUCAGAUCGCCAGCAUGGCCACCGGCGUCCUCACGGGCCUCUUCGUGGGCAUGGACAUCUACUUCGUGGCCAAGGACUCCAAGGAGCUCAAGAAGGGCGCCAAGUCCGAGUUUGCCGGCAAGAUCCGCGAGGUGGCCACGCAGCUGCACGACGGCCUGGUGGAGCUCAACACCAUACGCGAGGAGCUGCAGUGCACCACCACGCCGCAGGACGAAGACCAACAAGGGGCCGAUGCCUCGGACGAGAAGAAAAAGGAGGGCUACGACUACGACAGCUCGGAAGAAGACGAGAUCGACCGCAUUAAGAAAGCCAUCAAGAAGGACCUUGACAACAAAGAAUACGUGUGACCUGAUACCACACGCCACUGGAAAAACUAAUUGACCAUCAAAGGAACUGUAAUGAGGUCCCACAAAUAUUCAACCUCUACAUUUUCGUAUGACCCCGGGAGGACUUUAGAAAAACUAAAAUGAUCCCCGAUAGGAAAAGACAAAGCUCAGAGAAGCAGAAACAAACACCAGAGAAACAUUAAGACCAAAAAUAUACAACUCAUACAAUUUUUAAUGACAACCAAAAAAAACUUAUGCUAAGAAAAUGGUUCCCCAGCCCUUAUCUAAGGUCGUCCUGCAUUGUAAGGGAGCAUCUAAUAAUAAUAAUAUUAGAACUAUUUAUAUGUAUGCCUUUCAAAGGAUCUAAAAGAGUAUCAAAGUAACAUCCAAGCUGUCAUUUUGUCGCACAAUGAUGACAUCGCAAAUUUGUUGUUUCUUUAGUAGCCGACCUGAAAAUGACUCUCCCAUACGAGGAAGUGACAUUGCUAUCUUGGAAGUUCAUAGCACUUCCAAUGUUUUUUUUUUUUUUUUUUCUUCUCAUUCUUUCUCUGUAAGAUGCUAAAAACAUGAUUUUGCUAAGAUGGGACAUGAUUACGAUUUUGACGAGUUGGCUUUAUGUGACACUCGUUUUUUGGUGCUCAAAAGCAUGUUUUAGGAUCACGAAUGAUAACCGCGAGAGUCGAGGUUUGUGCUCAUAGAACACGACACUUUCUGAUAUGCCAAUAAUGUUUUACUUAUUCUUUUGUUUUUAAAUCACAAAAGACAAGUGCCUUUGUUGUAAUAAAUACUAUAUGCUAGCUAGCUAACUUUAGCGUUAAUGUGCACUGGACUGGUUGUAAUGUAGAAACAUGUUAAAUAUAUAUUUGUGGAGAACCUUCUUUGAAAAUUUUAUAAUGUUUUGCUCACUGGAUUGACAAUGCUAAUGCAUUUAUUGCUAACUUUUUCACUGGAUAAAUCCGCCAUGCUGUUUUAUUUAAUGAAUUUAUUUAUUAUAAGUCGUCUUGUGGGUGGACAUUUUUACGUGCAAUAUAUUCAUUGUGUUAUAAAUAAAGGCAAAAGUAAGAGUGCGCGGAAAUUACAAUAAAGAUUCUAAAUCUAA